UUUUCUGUGAACGUUCCCUACAUAACAUGUACGCACUCUGCAUGUAGGAUGUAGGCCACAGGAGCAAGAGAAUUAACCGCUAAUCCUUGGUUUAAAAAACUGUUCACGGGUCGCAGAAAACAUGGCUCGGUCCGGCUUGUCGGCAGGAUUUCUUGCGAGCGGCGAAACUUACCGAAAAUAUCGCCAGUCUCUAGACAUGACGACCACGACAAGAGAACGCGAAGGCUCAGCACUAGAGGAAAUACCCCUCCUUCCUUGGGGAGGGGCGACGAAAAAAUUAGACCGAUCUCUCUCAACAACAGGGGCAACACCGUCAAAGCUUCAAGUGACGAUCUGUAUCCUACUUGUAGAACUAGCGGAGAGGAUCACGUUCUUCAGUGUCAUUGCCAACAUGGUGUUGUUCUGUACGGUUGAACUUGACUACACUAGUGCCACGGCUGUCAGCAUUAGUCAUGUGUUUAUCGGCAUGAGUCUGAUCGUGCCUCUGCUGGGGAUCUGGGUCGCAGACUCCUACCUGGGCAAGUGGAAGGUUAUCGUCAUAAGUGCAAUAAUUCACUUCUUAGGUUCCGCCCUCCUUCCCGUGAUGGCGUUCCCAUUUGACGAGUUGUUGGAACACCACCGAAGCCCGCCCUACACCCUGACGGACCCUCAGAAGGAGGGGAUCUUCCUCUUGGCACUCCUCCUAAUCUCAGUUGGUAUCGGCGGCAUUAAAGCUAACGUUAGUGCCUUUGGAGCGUACCAACUCAGAGAUCUGGGGGAGCAAGAGUUGCAGUCUUUUUUCAACUGGUGGAUCUGGUUGAUGAACGUGGCGUCGGCCAUGGCGUGUCUGGCGAUCUGCUACAUCCAGCAGGAGGUGGACUUCUACAUCGGCUACCUGAUCCCCACAGUCGCCAUGUUACUGGCCCUGCUGGCCCUGUACCUGGGGAGGAAGUCUUUCGUCCACCUGCCGCCCAGUAAAGGUCAGUGGUACACAGUAAAAAUAGCCUCUACCAGACUACCUGGCUGUAACUGUUGUUGUUUUACAGUGAGCCCCCUCGCCACGACACUUCGAAUCGUCUUCCAAGCGACCAAGAACACCGUUAGAUGGCGAGGGCGCCUGGGCGGUCACGUGGACUCCUGGCUGGACAGAGCCAAGGAAAGCUGCGGGGGGUCUUACUCAGACACGCACGUGGAGAUGGUCAAGAAACUGGAGAGAAUCGUCCCCGUGUUCCUGGUACAAAUUUUGAACAGAACAGUCUUCUAUCAGAUGCCGACGACGUUCUUCCUACAGGCCAUGCGGCUGAACCUGGACGUGGGCUCCACCGGCAUAGUCCUGCCCAUCGCCGCUCUUAACCUGUUCGCUAUCAUCCCCAUCCUGCUGCUGGUCCCCCUCAUGGACAGAGUGGUAUAUCCCAUGCUGGAAAUGUGCAAUGUUCGGCCGAGUCCACUCAAGAGAAUGGCGGAGAUCGCGCGUAAGAACGUGAUCGAAGAUGGCGGCGUGGUGAGGCAGUGGCUGGGCGGCCUUCCGUUCAACGCCUCCUCCGUCAACGCACUGUGGCUGGGUCCGCAGUACAUGCUGGUGGGCACGGGCGAGGUGUUCGUCAUGUCGUCAGGUAUAGAGUUUGCCUACACGGAGGCGCCCGCCCCGCUGAGUACAGUGGUUAUGGGGCUGGUGGGCAUCACCAUGGGGCUGGGUAGCCUCACAGGCGCAGUCCUCAUCAACCUGGUGAACGCUGCUACGCCAGGCACACAGUGGUACCCUGACGAACCGAACGAGGGCUAUCUGGAGGCGUAUCUGUUCCUGCUGGCCGCCCUGGGCCUGGUGAACUUUGUGGCGUUCUGCGGCGUGGCCUCGCGGUACAAGUACGUGGCACAGGAGGAGGAGGAGCGGGAACGAGACACGCUCAGGCUGGUGACGUAUUUCGAAAAGCAGGGAACGAGAGCGGAUGAUGAUGAUGAUUAUGAUGACGAGGAUUUGGAGGACUGGGAACGACAACUUGAUGCUCUAAAUUACAGUUUGACUGCGUCACUCUAG